AUGGGUAGCCUACUACUAGAUCAAAUUAAAAAGCAGACAACAAAUUUUAUACAAGAAAAGUACAAAACUGCUAGGAUGACAUUUACAGAUGUUACAGGAGCUGAAUUGCUAGCUGAGGAAGUAACAAAUAAGGAUGAUUGCAGCCCUGAUGCCAAAACAAUGACUCAAAUUGCUGAGGCAUCUUUUGAUAUUGAUGAAUAUUGGAGGAUUGUUGAUGUUCUUCAUAGAAGGUUGUACAAUGUUGAUUGGGAAGAAUGGAGGCAAUCUUACAAAGCACUAGUUCUUCUAGAAUUCAUGCUCACACAUGGUCCUAUAGAUUUUGCUCAAGAAUUUCAAAGUGAUGCAGAAAUUAUUGAAGAACUAGGAAGUCUUACUCAUAUUGAUGAAAGAGGGUUUAACUGGGGAUUUAGAAUGCAAAAACUAUCAAAUGAAAUACUAAAGCUUUUGCAAGGUGGUGAAGAUCUGAAACAAGCACGUUUGAAGGCACUUAAAAUAACAAAUGAAAUACAAGGCUUUGGAAGUUCAUUAAACUCUCCAUCAUCAUCAACAUCAUCACCUAAUUCAUUAUUUUCUGAUCAAUUAGCAUCACCUUCAUCAUUUUGUUCAUUUUCUACCACAAGCACUUCUAUUAAUAAUGACAAUAUUGAUUCCAAUUUAAAAAAUAUAGUGCCACAAAAGAAUAAUAAUAAUAAUAAUAAUGUGGAUGAAAUGAACAAUUGGGAUGAUCCAGAAGCUGGAGAGAUUUUGAUUGAUUCUGAUGAUGGUGAUGAUUCUGAUGGAGAAGUUGGAAAAUCAAAAGGAUUUGUAAGUGAAAUGUGUUCAAAGAUUAUUGGUGGUAAUAAUGAUCGUGGAAAGAUUGAAUUUAGAUGCAUUUCUGAUGUUGGGAGGAAGGAUCCUAAAAAGAGAUAUGAUCGUCAAAAUUCACUUUGGUUUUAA